CACCCAAGAAAUGCUGUCACGUGACCGUCAACUUUCACCCAGGAUGUCUACCUCGAGACUUCCCCUUAGCAACCGACUGGCCGCGCUUGGUUCCCUUAGCAACCGAGCGAGGCAUCUGCUGCAUGGAACCAGUCCGGUAGCCGGCGCUUCAGACGGGGCUUUGUUUUUCAGAGUCACAUGAUCCCAAGUUCUUGUUCCACUGGACAACUCUGGUUUUGUUUCUCCGUGAGGAGGCUGCUCCAUUGACAGUGGUGUAAAACUCGCUGCGGCUUUUCCCAUCCCCUGCCUCUGGUCUUCACCAACAACACCAUUGUCAGGGAAAAUGAACUGGCUGUACGACUCAGUGGAGCCAAGAGUGAUGGACGAGGACAUGCUCAAGCUGGCUGUGGGAGAACAGGGCCCACGGGACGAGGCUGGGCAGCUGGCCAGGCAGGAGGGCAUCCUCUUCAAGGAUGUGCUUUCACUGCGGCUGGACUUCCAAAACAUCCUGCGCAUAGACAGCCUCUGGCAGUUUGAGAACUUGAGGAAGCUACAGCUGGACAACAACAUCAUCGAGAAGAUCGAGGGCCUGGAGCGUCUGGUACACCUGGUCUGGCUGGACCUGUCCUUCAACAACAUCGAGGCCAUUGAGGGGCUGGACACACUGGUGAACCUGGAGGACCUGAGCUUGUUCAACAACCGGAUCUCCAAGAUUGACUCUCUGGAUGCCCUCGUCAAGCUACAGGUGUUGUCGCUGGGCAACAACGAGAUCAGCCACAUGAUGAACAUCAUCUACCUGCGGCGGUUCAAGGACCUGCGGACACUCAGCCUCUCUGGAAACCCCAUCGCGGAGGAGGAGGAUUACAAGAUGUUCAUCUGUGCCUACCUUCCUGACCUUGUGUACCUGGACUUCCGGCGCAUCGACGACCACAUGAUAAUAGUUUGGAAGUCAUCACGGGCUCCGAUGCUUGCAAUGGGCCAGAGAGCUGUUGGGAAGGAGCUGGCAGAGAUCAAACACCAGUACGGCAUUGACGAGCUGAAGCAGCGAGAGAACCUGAUUCAGGCCCAGCUGGAUGAUGAGCGGGCCCAGCAGGAGGAGCUGGAGGAGCACAAGGCCUCGUUCGUCGAGCGCCUGAACGGCUCCUUCCUGUUUGACAGCAUGUACGCUGAGGACGUAGAGGGCAACAAGCUGGCCCACCUUCCCGGCGUCAGCGAGCUCGGCCUCACCUACAAGGACAAAUUCGUCAUCGUCUGCCUGAACAUCUUCGAAUAUGGCCUGAAACAGCAGGAAAAGCGCAAAGUGGAGCUUGACACCUUCAAUGAGUGUGUCCAGGAGGCCAUCCAGGAAAACCGGGAGCAGGGUAAACGCAGGAUUGCCAAGUUCGAGGAGACGCACUUGCUGAGUUUAAAUGCCAUUCGAGAUGAGUCCGAAGUGACCAACCUUGAGAUGAAGGUAGCGGAACACAGCAAGGACAUCACUGAGCUGUUCAACAUGCUCAUGACACUGGAGAUGCAGUUGGUAGAGCAGCUGGAGGAGACUAUAAACACGUUUGAAAGGAACAUCAUGGACUUGGUGGCACUCUUUAUUGAAAACGUCCAAAGCCUAUAUCCUUUUCCCAGAUGACCCUCUAUGGGGAGACGCUACUGGCUCGUGGGGUUAUCCUGGCCCACACCUGGGCUCCCCCUGCCUCCAGGGGAGCCAGAGGAGAAGCACCUGCAUUUUAUUUUUUAUUUUAUUUUUUUUUAAUGUUUAUUUAUUUUUGAGAGACAGACAGAGACAGAGCACGAGUUGGGUAAGGGCAGAGAGAGAGGGAGACACAGAAUCCGAAGCAGGCUCCAGGUUCUGAGCUGUCAGCACAGAACCCGACGUGGGGCUCGAACUCAUGAGCUGUGAGAUCAUGACCUGAGCUGAAGUCGGCCACUCAACCGACUGAGCCACCCAGGCGCCCCAGCACCUGCAUUUUAAACAAAAGGCAGAGAAGGGUUAAAGCUCUUUCACCAACUAAGCAGGAUGCAAAUAAGUGGUCCCCUUCCAGGUAGCCACCUUUGGGGUCACACCUACCCCCUCCCACUGCCACCAGGGCCCUAAACAUGUUGGCAGAGAUGGCCAAAAAGUCCAUACUUUAGAAUACUUCACUUUUUGCCAGAAAUACCUGAGCCCCAGUCUGCUGUACAGAAAGAUCUAUACCUGUACCAAGAUGAUAUCCACCCCAUCACAGGACCCCAUUUAGUGGGAAUCUCGACCUGUGACGUUAGAGGAAUAGAAAUCCUCUAGUUUGUCACCACAGAAAAAGCUCACCUUCAAAAGAUGGAGAUUUGGCAACUACUUGGAAUGUUCAAAGAAUGUUCCACAGGGUCUGAGGGAGUUUCCCAUCUCUCAGAACAAUGGUGCCUUGUUAGCAUAAGGGUUUGGAUACCUACCGGGCUUGCUGUGUGGGGCCCCAUCGAUUGCAGUAUAAGGCCUGGCAUAUUUGUUCUCAAAGGAGGGAUGUUCACGGAGAGACCACACCCCAGAAUCCCUGUCUGCUUCCUACGUCGCAGGUACACACACCCUGGGAGUGGGACAGAUACUGACAAAUCAUUUAGAAUGAGAUCGUCAGGUUAAAUGUCAGGGUUAGAGCAUUUAGGGCAUGACCAACCUUUCUGCUACCUGAAUUCAGGGCCCUGCCGUGUAGGGGACAAACUGCUAUGCUCUACCCCAGAAGUAGCCUCCUAGUCCUACCUUUCUGGGUCCACAGUCGUGCAAGGAGACAGAGUUACGGAGGCAGUAAGUGAGCAGCCCACACAGAGAUCGGGGCCAGGAGCCUCCCUGAGGGAGGGUCCACUGAGAACCUGAGUGUGGGCCAGAGGGACAAGGCAGAAAAGUGGGGAGGACAUCCCAGGCAGAAGAGGCAGCCUGUGCAAAGGCCUUGAGGAUGGGUCACAGAGAUCCAGUUCUAAGACGGGGUCUUUAGGCCACAAGAGAGAGUGGGAAGUUCCUGGAGAGCCAUAGCAUGGGAGGGAUGAGGUCCGGUUACCUAUGUUUAAGAGCGUGCUGGCUGCUGUUGGGAGAAAAGGCUAGAGCGGAAAGACCAGCUCUUUGCUGUCCAGUCAGGAGGCGGUGGCAGGGAGAGAGGUGUUGGAUGGAGAGGCUCUGAGAGAACCCAGCGCCAAGGGUCAGUGGUGAGCGGGUGUGUGAGUGU